AUGGAUGUCCUCAAAGAGAAGAGUGGUGGCCACAGUAUCGAGGCCAACGUGCAGCAGCAGCAGCAGCAGCAGCAGCAGAUGCCUGUGUCCCUCGUGCAGCGUUGCAACUACGAGGUGAUCAUCCCGAAUCCAUGCCUAGCCACCGGCAAACCUGCAUGGCCUGCCGAAUCCCAGUUCAGCACGGCUCUACACGGCGUCGACGUCCUGCAGAGCCCGGACGAGCCGAAGACGGCAUUCCGAAAGCUGAAGGUGCGCCGGAAUCCCAUACAGUGCCCCGAUGCGGAUUGCCAGGGAACCUGCUUCGUCUCGGACAUUCUCAGCCACAUAAUAAGCAAUCAUAGCACGGUGACCAUCGAUCGGAUGGGCUUGCGGCAGACCAGGACCUGCUUCUUGGACGCGAAUGAGACGCGUCUCAACAAGGCCAAGUGCCACCAGAUAUUCGUUGUGCAGGGAAUGAUUAUCAGUGCUGAGGGCGACGCUCUGCAGCAUCAGCUACCCGUUCUACUCAUGUCGGCCCGUAUCCGGCACCGUGAUGUCAUUGGGCACUGCCGCAGCGGCAGCUCUGUGCCAGAGUGCGAGCAACUGAAUGACGACUCGCAGGAGAUGCUACUCCUAUGGCUGACCAGCUUGAAGCCCACCAAUCAGCGCGUCCUUGGCACACUGGCUGUUCGUGCACCAGACCGCCCCGACACCAUGAUGGUGACCACCGCCAGGACCUACGACAUCCGAGACAGUCACGAGUUGGGCGCUCUCUUGGCCAGCCCCUCGAUCAUGAUCAUACCACAUACCGUUCUGCAGCGCCUGUCCAGGAAGCGCAAACAAUUGAUAGUAAUUCAAGCUCAAAUUCAUUAG